AUGGCAACACCACCACCAACAAUAAUCAUCUUCGGCCCAACAGGCCAAACAGCCUGCUCCGCGGCCCGCACCGCACACUCGCAUGGCGCCAAAAUCGUCCUCGCCAUGCGCGACCCAUCCAAACCCAUCCCAGGCCUGCCCACGACUGAAGAGCAGCGAGGCAACUACACUCGCGUGCAAGCCGACCUCACCGACCCUGCCUCCGUCGCGGAAGCCGUGAAGUCCAGCGGCGCGACUCGUGCGUUCAUCUACUUCGUUUUCGGCACGAAGGACUACAUGCGGGCCUCAAUAGAAGCGCUCAGGGAUAACGGAGUUGAGUUUGUUGUGUUCUUGAGCAGUUCGAGUAUUGGGUUGCAUACAGGCGAUCGUGAUGACGUGACUGCUUUGAGGAGUAUACCGCCGGAGGCGAUUAUCCCGUACCAGCAUGGGAUGGUUGAGGCCGAGUUGGCGGAUGUUUUCGGGCGGGAAGGUGGGUGUGUGGCGCUGCGACCGGGGUAUUUUGCGAGUAAUCUGUUCCGGCUGAAGGAUGGGAUUGCGAAGGGGGAAGUGAGGAUUCUGGCGCCGCAGUUGACGUGGGAUUGUAUUGCCCCGGAGGAUAUUGGGGAGGUGGGCGGUGUCAUCCUCGCGAAGGGGGCGACUGGCAGUGCAUCGGCUGACGCCGAUGAACAUGCAAUAUCGGGCAACGUGAUUUACCUGUAUGGGCCCGAGAACAGGUCGAUGGGGGAGGCCAUUGGCGUCAUUGGCCGUGCGUCGAACAAGGCCGAGGCGGUGCGUGUCACGUCGAUUAGUAAGGAAGAAAUGCUGGAGCAAUUUGUCCAGCAGAAGAUGCCGAAGCCGUUGGCCGAGUACUUAGUGAAGGUGCAGAGCGAUGACAGCGGGAAUGGUGAUAGUGACCCCGAUUGGAGGCGACCGCGCAACAGGGAGGGCAUCGAGAAUGUGAGAAAGUAUACAGGACGAGAUGGGACGGGAUUGGAGGAGUGGGUUGAACGUAAUAAAGAGGGAUUCUUAGCUCAAGGAUAA